AGUGAUCUGUUGCUCUGUCUUUUUAUGUCAGUAAUUCUAGGUGCUGAUGGAGAGCGGUACGCUGGAUCUAGACAGUUACAGCACUUCCAGUCACGGGCUUCCAGAAUCCAUCGCAUCCACUAGGAAAUCUGGUAACAGAUGGAAGCAUGUGGAAACGGGCCUCACUGAAGGGCAGUAUGUUCUUUGUCGAUGGACUGAUGGGUUGUAUUAUUUGGGAAAGAUUCAAAGGGUGAGCGCCUCUAAGCAAAGCUGUUUAGUGACAUUUGAAGAUAACUCCAAGUUUUGGGUUCUGUGGAAAGAUAUCCAGCACGCUGGGAUCCCUGGUGAAGAGACAAAAUGCACGAUAUGUUCUGGAACUACGUUGGUAUCGCAGAACGAAAUCCUCAUUUGUGGAAAGUGUGGACUAGGUUAUCAUCAGCUGUGUCACCUCCCCCAGGUUGAGAAUGCUUUGGAUACAACUUCAACGCCAUGGUUUUGCAGAACUUGUAUUUUUGCAUUGGCAGUAAGGAAGGGAGGAGCGCUGAAAAAAGGACCCAUUGCCAAGACGCUGCAGGCGGUGAAAAUGGUGCUGCCCUACAUCCCAGAGGAGCUUGAGUGGGACUCCAUGCACAGGACCAAUCAGCAGCAGUGUUACUGUUACUGUGGGGGACCCGGAAAGUGGUGCCUGAAAAUGCUGCAGUGUUUUAGGUGCAGGCAAUGGUUCCAUGAAGCCUGUAUCCAGUGUCUGAAUGAAACCAUGUUGUUCGGAGACAGAUUUUAUUUGUUUUACUGCUGCGUGUGCAAUAAGGGAGUGGAGUACAUCAGACGCUUAACCCUAAGAUGGGUUGACGUUGUCCACUUGGCUGUCUACAAUCUGGGGUUGCAAAGCAAAAAGAAGUACUUUGAAUUUGAAGAGAUUCUGGCCUUUGUAAGUAGCAACUGGGACCAUCUGCAGCUUGGCAAGCUUUCCAACACACCUCUCCACGAGAGAGGUCAGUACCUCCUAGAAGCCCUCAAUAGAUAUAAAAGCAAGUUUCUUUGUGGGAAAGAAAUUAAAAAGAGGAAAUGCAUUUUCCGGCUGAUCACACGGAUGCCCCCCAACCCCCCCUCCAAACUGUUCCCAGAGAAGACCCCCCACCCCUCGGAAGGCAGCGAGUGGAAGAAGAGAGGGAGGAGUACAAACAGCUCCCUGGCUCAGGAGUCCCAGCCCCAGAAAAAGAUGAAGAGGAAGAGAUCCAAGUGGUUGCUGGAGGAUGCAAUUCCAAGCAGCGACUUCACCUCCGCCUGGAGCACAAACGACCACCUGGCCAGUAUAUUCGACUUCACUUUGGAUGAACUUCAGAGCUUAAAAAGUGCCAGCUCGGGGAGGACCUUCAGUGUAGACCUGGACUCCACAGACGCUGCAAGCACAUCUGGUUCUGCUACAACAAGCCUAUCCUACGAGUCCCGGAAGAACGUUGGCAGCAGGAAGAGGAAGCUGAGGACCAAAAGCUACACCUUGCUGGCACCCAGGAGGGCGGCGACAGAGGGCUACGGCAGCCAGACCACCUUCGACACAGAGGCCUCCCCCGAAACCCCCGACAACGGCAUCGACAGCCACACCUUUGAGAGCAUUAGCGAGGACGACUCCUCCCUCUCGCACCUCAAGUCCUCCAUCAGCAGCUACUUCGGGGCGGCGGGGAGGCUGGCGUGCGGGGAGAAGUACCAGGUCCUGGCCCGUAGGGUCACCCCUGAGGGGAAAGUGCAGUAUCUGGUGGAGUGGGAGGGAACUACACCCUACUGACCCAUCUCCGAACCCUGGGGAGCAGCACGGGAAACAAGGACUUGGAUCUUCUUCAUCCAGUCGUCUGGCUCACAUUUCUCAUGGGGGCGUUACAGUGUUUUAACCUGUGGGAUAUGCCUCCAGAUUAGACGCAGUAAACAGGCAAAGUGUGGCGAGGAAUAAAACACUGUAAAGGAAAUAAAUAUUGGUAAAAACAUGGGGAACUCUGGGGAAACGAGACACACUUACCAUAGAAAAACUGGGUUUACACUGCAAUUUAUUGUAGCAUGACAGCAUGCCACGGUGGUAUGUUUAAGGCAGUGAAAAGGUUAAUUGUUUCACAUAGUCCGGUAUUGCAGUAUGAUGGGGUACCUGUAGUAUUGUAACGUGUACAGUAUACGGUGACCCUUUCUGCUACAGUGGCGAGUAGCUCACAGUUUGUGGUUUGGCUGUUGUUGAACUGUAUGCGAUCGCGGGGGGUGUGCGGGAGAGCAGUUACUCUGUUGGAAAGUCCCUGCCGUUCUCCGGAUGUUAACUGCUUUGACUCAUUCCAGACUUGUGAUGCAGUCCAGUCACAAGUAGGUUCAGCCCACCUGCUAGUUCAGUUCCAGUAAAUGUCUCCUAUCUGAUACCUGUAGCUUUUUUUUUCCCUUGUUGCACGGUUUCGUUUCACACAUGGUAGCAAAUACAGUUUUUUUUUUUUUUUUUUUUUUUUUUUUUUUAGCUUUGCAAUGUAGUGGUUCAGAAAGAACAUUUCGGAGAACGUAGCCAUUGGUGCAGAACAACUUAAUCCGUUAACAAUAGGCUUCACUGCAGACAGCAGAGCUUGCUGAUUGAUCUUCAGCGGCAAUGCAGACAGACAAGCACAACUCUGUACAAAGAGGCUAAGGAUAUCUGCAGAGGUAUUAGCCAUUGAUAGAAUGGUACCACAAUGGUAACAUGUAUUUAAUACAUACCACUGGUAUCAAAAUGAACCAAUACUCCUUGAUAAUCUAGUGCAGUAUCAUCGAACUAGCGAAUCAGGACCACUGUGCAAUACUUGUCCCUCAUCAAUUUUGUUUGCCAUUUCUGGUAAUACUGUGGUCUGCUAAGGGUUUCUUCAGGGUAAUGCUGUUUUGAUUGUAGAUUGUUUUUUUGGUCCAGGCUUAAUUUGACCCUGCAAAACAAGUAGAGGACUCCAGAGACACUAACCAAUAAAGAUUUUUUUUAAAAAUGUAUUGGAAAACCAACGACCCAGUCACUAGAUAGAAAUCUGUGUUCUGCAUGGAGCAAGUCUGAAACUGUGUAAGUGUUCUUCUUAAAACAUCAACCCUAUUAAAAACAGCAUGAAAGACAGCCUGAACUGUUAGGGGUGUAGUGUGGAAUGAAAGAACAGGCCAGUGGAGUUUAACUUCAGGGUUCAAGCUGACCUGGGCGGUAAUUCAUCCUCCAUCUACAAAGGCAGUAAACGUUUAUUAUAAUACUUUCUGUGAACGCUACAGCAGAUAAACUCUACUAGUUUACCAUGUGUUUAGCUGCUAGUUAAAACUCAACGCUAGGUUUAUGAACUGUUUUUUUGUCCCGUAUGUUUUCUUUACUUCACACUUAUAUAUAUAUAUAUAUAUUUGUCUUUUAUGAUUCUUUUUUUGUUCCCUCUCUUAUUGUAAAAAUGAGCAGAACAUAGCUGUGGAUGUACAGCAUAUUAGCUGUAGUGUAGCCAACCUUUUUCGAAGAUAAACCAGGUUGAACUUGAAUGUGCAAAGUGUGGUGUGUACAUGUUGGCAGGUCUGUGUGGAUGACUGACAUGUUUGUAGAACAUUACAUAGACUGGCAGACCACUUUAUUAGGCAUUGUAUCAAAUGCUGGCUUGGGCCACCGUUUGCCCUGAUCCACACUCCAGAAGGUGCUGGAAGGUGUCUCGAGGGAUGUUCAUCCAUGUCGUUCGUGUUUGACGCUGUUGGUGUAGGCAGGUUGGUGAAUGUGUCGUUCAAGCUCAUCCCAUGCAAACUUAAUUGCAUUGAAAUCCAGGGAUUGCGGUGACCAUGGAAGGUGACUGAGGUCAUGCUCCUGGUCUUUGUUCCAACCCUGUUCUAAAUUGUUUAAUGGAACCAAUUCAACCUCCACCCAGACCCUGAAGUAG